CGGCGCCUGCGCCGCGGCCCCGCCGGGACCCCCGUGCCCGGCGUCUCGCGAGAGGCGGCGGCGGCGGCCGGGCAGCGGCGGGACGGGGCCGGCGGCGGCAGCAGCAGGCGGAGGGGGAAGGCGACAGCGGGGCUGCCGCCGGCGCCGCUGCCUGCGCGGGAGGCUCCUGGUCUGCAGCACCAUGCUGGAACCCAAGCCUCACUCUGCAAGCCGGAGGUGAACCCAGGUGAGAGACAGCUAUCACAGUAGCUGUCAGGAUGACCAAAGCACGGCUCCUCCGUCUCUCUGUGGUGCUGGUCUCCGUCUUCAUGAUCCUCCUGAUCAUCGUGUACUGGGACAAUGUGGGAACAGCUCACUUCUACCUGCAUACAUCCUUCUCCAGGCCUCAUUCCCCAGGGGCCAUCCCUGGUAUCGCUGCGGGCGAAGAUUGGGAAGCCUUGCCAGAUGUGGAUGAAUUUUUGGCAAAGCUACUUAGUUCGAGUGUAAAACAGAACAGCUCUAUCAGCAAAAAGACAGAGCAGCCACUCAUCCAGGGCUCCAGCAAGCCUGUGGCAAGCAAUUUGGAGGAGAAUGUGCGAGGCUAUGACUGGUCUACACGUGAUGCCAGAGCCAGCUUGGACCAAGAGAAACUGCAGGUAGAGAGGCAGAGAACACUGCGGGAGUUUUGUGCCAAUUCUAGCUUCACCUUCCCCACCAAGGAGCGCUCCUUUGAUGAUAUCCCCAACUAUGAGCUCAACCACCUCAUCGUGGACGACCGCCACGGCAUCAUCUACUGUUAUGUCCCCAAGGUGGCCUGCACCAACUGGAAACGGGUUAUGAUUGUGCUAAGUGAGAGCCUGCUGGACCAGGGAGUCCCAUACCGGGACCCUCUGGAUAUCCCGCGGGAACACGUCCACAACACCAGCACCCACCUGACUUUUAACAAAUUCUGGCGCCGCUAUGGGAAGUUCUCCCGGCACCUUAUGAAGAUCAAGCUGAAAAAGUACACUAAGUUCCUCUUUGUGCGGGACCCCUUUGUCCGCCUCAUAUCUGCCUUUCGCAGCAAAUUUGAGCUGGAAAAUGAGGAGUUCUACCGGCGUUUUGCCAUCCCUAUGCUAAAGCUCUACUCCAACCAUACCAACCUCCCCACCUCUGUCAGCGAGGCCUUCGGGGCAGGCCUCAAAGUCUCCUUUUCUGACUUCAUCCAGUACUUACUGGACCCCCGGACAGAGAAGAUGGCCCCCUUCAAUGAGCACUGGAGGCAGGUUUACCGGCUGUGCCACCCGUGCCAGAUAGACUAUGACUUUAUCGGGAAGCUGGAGACGCUGGAUGAGGAUGCUGCGCAUCUAUUGCAGCUCCUCAAAGUGGACAGGCUGCUUCGCUUCCCUCCCAGCUACCGGAACAGGACUGCCAGCAGCUGGGAGGAUGACUGGUUUGCCAAAAUCCCACUAGCUUGGAGGCGACAGCUCUACAAGCUUUAUGAAGCAGAUUUUGUGCUCUUUGGCUAUCCCAAGCCAGAAAACUUGCUUAAAGAUUAAAAGUGAUUGGGUGGUGGGUGUGGGAGGGAAAAUCUGAAAUACCAAAAAUGUGUAAAGCCUCCUCAUUUUUGCUCUUAAUUCCCUUUUCCAUACAGGUUGGUACAAUGGAAUCUAUUUUUUCUACUGCUUCCCCUUCCGUUUUUGCAAUAAUGCCAGAGUCCAGGAUAUUCCAGCCAGCUGUGCAUAUGCAAAAGAUGCCUGGAUUUUUUUGUUAUCCUUGUUUUUCAGGUCUUCUUUUUUUAAAUGUCCACAUGUUUUGCAAUGGGUCUCUGCCCUCGGUCAUUCUGCCAGCUGUGUCCUUCAGUAGCUUUUUAUUAAUACUUUUUAAAAAUUAAUAUAUUUCAGAUAUUUAAUACGAAGUGUGUGUUGUGGCAAAGGAAGGGAAGGAAUAAAAAAAAAAAGUCAAAGAAAAACUGCAAGAAAUGA